GGGUGUUUUCAUGUUCAUUACAAAUCGUCAUGAAUUUGGAAGGCUACUUUCUACAGCCAACUACAAUAUUUCCCACUAUAACAAUGACCUUUGGCAAAUAUUUGAAAAUCCUGUGGAUUGGAAGCUAAAAUAUAUAAAUGCUAACUACUCAAAGAUCUUUACAGAAAACAUUGUUGAACAGCCCUGUCCAGAUGUUUUUUGGUUUCCUGUGUUUUCUGAGGAAGCUUGUGAUGAAAUUGUAGAGGAGGUGGAGCAUUUUGGACAAUGGUCUGGUUCAAAACAUUCAGACAUACGAAUUUCUGGAGGGUAUGAGAAUGUUCCAACAGAUGAUAUUCACAUGAAAUCAGAUUGGGAUGGACAAACGAAUGGCUCCACUUUAUUAGAGAAUAUAUUGCUCCAGUAACUCUCAAAGUGUUUGCUGGCUACUAUACAAAAGGCCGAGCUUUACUCAACUUUGUGGUAAAAUAUACACCUGAUCGACAGUCCUACCUGAGACCUCAUCAUGAUGCUUCAACAUUUACCAUCAACAUAGCUCUCAACACAAAGGACACAGAUUUUCAGGGAGGUGGAUGCAGAUUUGCCAGGUAUAACUGUUCAAUUGCAUCUCCAAGAAAGGGGUGGAGCUUUAUGCACCCAGGGCGACUCACACAUUUGCAUGAAGGACUUCCUGUGACGAAUGGGACAAGAUAUAUUGCAGUUUCUUUUAUUGAUCCAUGA